UUCUUCUUCUCUAUCACUCUUAGAUUCAUGUCGAUCAUACGGAUCCAGUUUUAUUCUGGAGUCGAAACGGUCAGUUCUGAGUUCGGCCGCUGGGGGGCAGCAGAGAACUCCAGCCGACUCUGUCCAGCGAAGAAGAGCCGUUUCCAUAGCGACCACAGCGGCUCAAACAUGGCGCCUGGGAGCCGACCAAUCCUGUCCUCCACGCCUCUGCAGGUGCUGCUCUACCUGAACAGCUGGUACUUCGCUGCUUUCUACCUGGCAGAGAUCCUCAUGUUCGUCUACAAAGGGAUCCUGCUGCCGUACCCGUCUGAUAACCUGGUCCUGGACGUGGUUCUGCUGCUCCUCUUCCUCGCUCUGGAGACUCUGCGCAUCUUUUACGGCUGGAAGGGGAACCUGUGCGAGCGCUCCCUGACCUCCUGCCUGUCGCUCUUCAUCCUGGCGUCGUGUGCGGCGCUCGCCGUCUACUACCUGCUGCUGCAGACCUUCGUCCUGCGGCUGGAGUUCCUGCUCUGCGCCGUCCUGCUCUGCUUCUACAGCCUGGAGUUCCUGCUGGGAUUCAUCGCCGUGUCCUCCUUCUCCAGGUCCAAAGUGUACUGAAGAACCAGGAGCGGUCUCACCUGCAGCCCAGAGGGACUCAGGACUGUCACCAUCUGUGCUGCUUCAGUUUCUGUCGUUCUUCAGAGUUCUGUAAAUAAACUUUUUUUUAAUUUUCUAA